UAGCAACAAACGCCUUCCUCCUUCCCCCUUUUAUUCACAAAACAAACACCUUCCUUGCAUUGCAUUCCAAUUCCAUAAUCAAGCAGAGAGAGAGAGAGAAGGAGACACGAAGGGUACUGCUACUUACUCCCGCCAUUAAUGCUCCCCGGCAACAAAGCGUGAGAGAGAGAGAGAGGCUGUGCGCCAGUUCCCCCAUCGCUCUUCGUCGCUUUCUCGCUUUUACCUUCCACCAAUUCCAUCACCAGUUUCAAGUACGCCUCUCCCUCUCUCUCUCUCUCUCUCUCCCUCUCAAUCCACCGUUAUUCCCUCCCCUGCCUCCGAAAUGGCGGACGAGAUGGAACUCAGCAAGGUGACUCUCGAGAUCUUCUCCAAACUGGAGCAGCAAUGGCUCUCCUACUGCGUCGACGGCGCAGCCAAGAAAACCAGAGUCCUCAGCAUCGACGGCGGCGGAACCACCGGCAUUGUCGCCGCAACCGCUCUCGUCCACUUGGAGGACCAGAUUCGCCUCAAGACCGGCGAUCCCCACGCUCGGGUCGCCGAUUUCUUCGACCUCGUCGCCGGCACCGGCAUUGGAGCCGUCCUCGCCUCGAUGCUCGCAGCCGACGACGGUUCCGGCCGUCCUCUGUUCUCGGCCAGAGAAGCGGCCGCCUUCCUCGCCGACAGGAACUCGGAGCUUUUCAGGUCCAGGUUCCUCCUCGGCCGGCGGUUGUCCGGGCGGAGCAUGGACAAGGCGCUGAAGGAAGCGUUCCGGCGGAAGGAGGACGGCAAGAUCUUGACGAUGAAGGACACGUGCAAGCCCCUCCUCGUCCCCUGCUUCGAUCUCAACACCAGCGCUCCCUUCGUCUUCUCCCGCGCCGACGCCUCGGAGUCCUCCAGCUUCGACUUCGAGCUCUGGCAGGUCUGCCGCGCCACCACCGCGACCCCGGGACUGUUCAAGCCUUUCGGCCUCCAGUCCGUCGACGGGAAAACGUCCUGCUGCGCCGUUGACGGCGGAUUGGUGAUGAACAACCCGACGGCGGCCGCGGUGACUCACGUGCUCCACAACAAGCGCGACUUCCCGUCGGUGAACGGCGUCGAGGAUCUGCUCGUGCUGUCCCUCGGCAACGGUUCGUCCACCGCCGGCAACCUCCGGCGGCGGCGCAACGGCGAGUGCUCCGCUUCGUCGAUCGUGAGCAUCGCGCUGGACGGCGUGGCCGAGACGGUGGACCAGAUGAUGGGGAACGCUUUCUGUUGGAACCGCACGGACUACAUCAGAAUCCAGGUAAAUGGGUUGACGAGCGGCGGAAGAAGGACGGAGGAGGUGGUAACGGAGAGAGGGGUGGAGUCGCUGCCGUUUGGCGGGAAGCGGUUACUGACGGAGACAAACGGGGAGAGACUGGAGGAGUUGGCGCAACGUCUUGUUGCCUGUGGGAGGAGGAGCAGCUUGCCUCCGAGCCCCUGCAAAGAUUCCGCUGUUAGCCCUCUCGCUAACGGCCGUUAGUUAGCCUUAGAAACAUCGACGACUAGUUUAUUUUUCCUAAUCCGCCGAUCAAUGCACUCAUGUUUACCCCCCUUGUUAAUUAAUUGAUGUAAUCCUCCUAGCCUAAUUAUAAUGUUUUUUUAGUAACCAGAGUUUAGCUUUUUGACUCAAUUGUCUUCAUGUUCUUAACCUUUCGCAGCUUUACAAUAAG